AUGGACGUUGUUAUCCCGACUUCGGCCAACUCUCGUCACGACUCAGGCCCCGAUGAGAUGCCUGGCUCUUUUGUCAGCCUUCAUGGACUAGCAGACGCUCUGUGGGCACGCUACGAAGGCUAUGAAGAUUCAACCGCCUUGGACAACUGCAUCGUGGUCACACAGCUCGCUGUCGACCAUGAGAACGACGCCAGCACGCAGGCUCAAUUACUCUACGAUCUAGGUCGCCGAUUCGCUGCCCGUUUCGAGUUGCAGGGACUCCGAAUCCGGGGAGCGCCCGAAGACCUCGACCGCGCCAUCGCAUCGUUCCAGAAUGCUGUCGGACUCACUCCUGAUGACGACCCGCGGCAGAGAAUGCGGCAUAUCCAGUUAGCUACGUACUCGUGCGCGCGAUUCGAACGUACUGGGGAUAUUGACGAUCUUGAUCGCGUUGUCACAGCCUAUCGCUGUGCUGUAGAGCUGACCUCAGAUACCGAUCCCUUGAAACCACUGAUCCUCAACAAUUAUGGCAGCUCUCUGGUAAUGCGCUUCAAACGACUGGGCGUUCUCGAGGACAUCGAGUGCUCUAUCUCCGCUUUUCGCAGCGCCGUCGCGUUGAUACCGGAGGAUAGCCCUCUUCUGCCAGCAUGUCUAAGCAACACCGGUUGCUCCUUGCACUCGCGUUUCAAACUUACUGGACAACACGAUGAUCUAGAGCAGGCUGCUGCGUUACAUCUUCGGGUGGUCGAAAGUACGGCGGACACCGAUCCUGACAAGCCACCGUGGCUUGGCAAUCUGGGUACCACUCUUAUGACGCGCUAUGGCGAGACCGGCCAGUCAGAGGACCUCGAGACAGCUGUAUCUAUAUUCGAGCAUGCGCUGUAUCUCACGCCUGAUGGUCACUCCGACAAGCCAAAGCGUUACACCGAUCUCGGCGAUGCACUCUACGCACGCUUUGAAAGGACUGGUAACCUUCCGGAUAUAGAUCAGUCCAUCUCCCUGCAUAGCCGCGCAGUGGCCCUCACACCGGAUGGCCAUCCCGACAAGCCAAGACGAGCCUGUAGCCUUGGUAACAGCUUCUUCAAACGGUUCAUGCGUAGCGCGAGGCUUGAGGACGUUGUAAACGCCAUCUCUGUGCAGCGCCACGUGGUUGAGCUCACUCCUGAUGACCAUCCCCUCAAGCCCACUUAUCUCAAUAACUUGGGGACCGCUCUCAUUGCGAGCUUCGAAAGUGCCGGAGAGUCCGACGACAUCGCGCAAGCGAUUUCUGUGUGUCGCCGUGCUAUAGAUCUUACACCGGACGGGCAGCCUGACAAGCCGAAGUGGUUCACCAACUUUGGGGUCUCGCUUCGGCAACGUUUCGAGGACACUGGGGAGCUGUCUGAUCUGAUGGCCGCCGUCUCUGCACAUCAUCGUGCCGUCAAUCUCACUGAGGACCAUCAUCCUACCAAACCAGGUUGCCUCAGUAACCUCGGGGCUUCCCUUCUCGUGCUUUUCAUGCACACCGGAGGGCGCGAGCACAUCGACGAUGCCAUCGCAGCUCUUCGCCGAGCGGUCGAUCUAUCCGGCCCGGACGGGUGUCAUGAUGCGCCGACAUGGCUCUGCAACCUCGGCAGCUCCCUCGAAACGCGAUUUGCGGCGUACGGCGAGCUCGAGGACCUGGAAGAAGCGAUGUCGGUGCAUCGUCGCGCAGUCAGCCUUACGCCCGAGGGCCACGCCGACCUCCCGCAGCGGUUGAGUAAUCUCAGCGCUUCGCUUGUCGCGCGCUUCUACCGCUCGAACGACCUUGAGUACACUGUAGGAGCCAUCACUGCAGCACGUCGCGCAAUAGAGCUGACGCCUCACGGCCAUCCUAAGAAGGGCGUAUACUGUGAUGGUCUUGGCAAUGCUUUGGCUGCACGUUUUACGCAUACCAAGGAUGUAGAGGACCUCACGGACGCCGUUACGGCUUAUGAACAAGCUGUGGAAAUGAUACCUGAACAUAGCCCUGACAAGGCUGCGCUAUUGAGCCAUCUGUGUCAGGCACUAGGGGCCCGUUUCAAGCGUACUCACGAUCAGCGCGAUCUGUCAAGUGCGAUUGAAGCGGGGCAGCGUGCCAUAGAGCUCGCUCAAGAUGGCCAUCCUGACCUGUUUCUGCGUUAUAAUAGCAUGGCCAUCUGCUUGCGUUCGAGCUUCAUCCUGAAUGGAGAAGCCAGUACCUUGAAAUCCGCCAUCGAUCUCUGGCAAAAGGCGGCCGACACCUCUCCAGAAGGACAUCCAUUCCUCACUGCAAUACUAUUCAAUCUAGGAGAUGCCCAAUUGCAACUCUUCGAACUCACACAGACCUUAGACGACUUCACAGCUUUGAUUGAUUCUUUCGAAAGAUCAACAACGCAUACUUCUGGGUCACCUUCUCUCCGCUUUCAAUCUGCGAGACGUUGUGCUCUCAUACUCAGCUCAUAUCCUGCAUUCAGCUCUCCAGAACGGGUCCUUGCGGCCUACUCGAGACUUUUCGCCAUACUUCCCGAGGUCGUCUGGCUUGGAUAUUCCAUUGAAAGACGCUAUCAAGAAUCUUCAGAGCUUGGAGAGCUCGUGGCUGCUGGCGUAGCUGCGGCGAUUGCCUUUGGGGCAACUCCUCUGGCGGUGGAGUGGCUCGAGGCAGGCAGAGCGCUCAUCUGGUCGCAGAUCUUGUCGCUUCGCACCCCUGUCAACGAGCUAGAAGACGCCCAUCCCAAGCUUGCACGCUCUCUCCGCGACCUCCAGCAACGGCUUCAAUCAUCCGUGCAUGCCUCUUUCGCUCCCGAAUUUGAUACUCUUGGGAGCGUAGUUGGGAUCUCGCUGAAGUCUGCAGAGGAUCGUCAUCGAGCUCUCGCUAUUGAAUAUGACAAGAUCUUGAAGGACAUACGUAAAUGUCCCGGCUUUGAGUACUUCCUCCUUCCGAGAAGAACUGAUAGCCUCGUCUCCUCACUAAAGACGCUCAGCGGGCCCGUCGUCUUCAUCAACGUACAUUCGAGCCGUUGCGAUGCCAUCAUAGCGCUGCCAGAUGGUGUACUUUCCGUAGUACCACUCCCUAAUCUCUCGUUAGAGCGGGCAGAGAGACUUCGCCGCCUUUGGACUGGCUAUGUCAUGAAUGGCAGAGCUCGCGAGCGGGGUACACAAUUGGGUGGCCCACGAGGUAGGCUGCAGCUUUACCUGAAGCAUAUCUGGACAUGGAUCGUACACCCCAUCCUCAAUGUACUGGACCUCGCCGUAUUGGUUCGCAACGGCCGCCUGCCCCAUGUCACUUGGUGCCCCACUGGUCCAAUCAUGCAACUGCCUUUACAUGCUGCUGGGGUAUACGAUGAGCAGUACGGCCCACGCGCGCACGACUUCGUUGUCUCCUCUUAUAUCACCUCAUUUUCAGCGCUGGAACGAAGCCGUCACAGAACCGAUGCUUCGAACGCUAUGCCACAUGAGACGCUUAUCGUGACCCAACCUUCGACCCCAAAUCAAGCGCCUCUGCCUGGCACUACUCAUGAGGGUCGUCGCCUGAAUGGUGUUCUCAGCGAGUCCAACGUAGGAACACGUUGGAUCGACGACAAGGCCGCGACCGUACCCGAAGUCCGCGCCGUGAUGAAGGAAUAUCCUUGGGUGCAUCUUGCAUGCCAUGGCUCGCAAGACGUCCAAGAUGCGACGCAAAGCGCAUUCCACCUAUUCGAUGGUCCCCUUACGCUCUCAGAUCUUAUGGGAACUAUAGCCGAUGACGUAGAGCUCGCGUUCCUAUCGGCAUGCCAAACUGCCGUAGGCGACGAAAAGACUCCAGAGGAGUCCGCCCAUCUCGCAGCAGGCAUGCUCGCGGUCGGCUUCAAGGGCGUCAUCGCCACCAUGUGGUCGAUACAGGACGCCGACGCGCCUAUCAUCGUAGAGGCGUACUACAGGGAGUUGUUGAACCUGAGAAGCGAGGGACAGCUCGGGAAGGGAGAGACGGGCGCGGCUUAUGCGCUGCACGAGGCGACGAGGGUUUUGCGGGAGAAAGUGGGUGAGGACAAGUUCAUGCGAUGGGUUCCUUUCGUACACUUCGGCGCAUGA